UGUGAGAAAUCAAUCAUGGAAAUCUACGUCAACAUUUUAAAAGCUCCCCGUAACCAUGUGGUGGAACUUGCCAAGAUGGCGGCCGUGAGGAGCGUUUUCCGAGUGCGCAGUUUGUUGCAGCAGGGUUUUUAUGGUUUUUACCGUAAUUCUGCGUCCUUUGCCGUCAGAAAUGUGUCUAUUGGUUCUAAAAUAUCAAUAUCACCAGGACAAAAAAGGCAAAUGAGUUCUCAGACCCUGGACCUAGAAGAAGACAAGCCACAGUUUCCUGGUUCUAGGUCAGAGUUUACCAAGAAGCUGGAAUUCAUCACCCCUGAUGUUUACAAUGGCAUCCCUGUGUACAGAGUACUGGACAGACAAGGAAAGAUUAUUGAGGCUGAUCAGGACCCAAAGUUGUCUAAGGAAGCAGUUUACGACAUGUACCACAAGAUGACUCUGCUGAAUACCAUGGACCGCAUCCUGUACGAGUCCCAAAGACAAGGCAGGAUCUCCUUCUACAUGACCAACUAUGGGGAGGAGGCCACCCACAUGGGCAGUGCUGCAGCACUCAACCCCGGGGACGUUGUGUUUGGGCAGUACAGGGAAGCAGGUGUGCUGAUGUACCGGGGGUUCACUCUGGACCAGUUCAUGAACCAGUGUUAUGGUAAUGCAGAGGAUGCUGGGAGAGGUCGCCAGAUGCCUGUUCACUAUGGUUCAAAGGAGCUAAACUUUGUCACUAUCUCAUCACCACUAGGAACUCAGAUGCCCCAAGCAUCUGGUGCAGCAUAUGCACUGAAGAGGUCGGGGAAGAGACUGUGUGUGAUCUGUUACUUUGGGGAUGGAGCUGCUAGUGAAGGAGAUGCACAUGCAGCCUUCAACUUUGCUGCAACCCUGGAAUGCCCUAUAAUUUUCUUCUGUCGAAACAAUGGAUAUGCCAUCUCAACGCCGACUUCUGAGCAGUACAGGGGGGAUGGGAUUGCUGCAAGAGGGCCAAGUUACGGUAUGGCUACUCUCCGCGUGGAUGGGAACGAUGCAUUUGCAGUUUACAAUGCCGUCAAAGCUGCCCGGGAACUUGCUGUCAAUGAAAACAGACCUGUCCUUAUAGAGGCCAUGACCUACAGGAUUGGUCACCACAGCACUAGUGACGACAGCACAGCGUAUCGGUCUGUGGACGAGGUGAACUACUGGGAUAAGCAGGACCAUCCCAUUGGUCGGCUGAGACAUUACAUGGUGAACCAGGGUUGGUGGGAUAUGGAGAAGGAAAAAGCCUGGAUGAAACAGGCCAGGAACGAGGUCAUGCAGGCAUUCCAGCGAGCGGAGAAGAAAAAGAAGCCCCCUCCCUCAGAGCUCUUCUACGACACGUACAGGGAGAUGCUCCCGCACCUGCAGCAGCAGAGAGAGCAGAUGAGGAAACAUGUGGCACAGUAUCCAGAGAACUACCCUCUGGAGAACUUUGAAAAGGACAGAGACUAGAUCUAUUUAUUGUUAUGUACAUCAAGAUCUAGAGUGUCUAUGAGUGGUGGCAAAGGUUUAACAGGUUAGGAUUCAUCUGAGUGACUUUCUAAAGGUGACUUAAUUUUGAUUAACUAUAGGACCAUUGCUGUAUAUAGUAGAGUGGACUUAUCCCUCAGCUAACUGACACCUAUCGCACCACAGUCAUCCCUCAGUGAGACAUCUGGAGCCGCAUAGUUCAAGUUUCUGAACCUUUAUUCAGCCUGUCGGCAAAACCGGUGUCUUCAGGGGCUAGAGGCUAAAUGACACAAGUUCGUGAAGCUCGCACUUAUAGGACCAGUGCUGAUUCUUCAAUAUAACAGUUCCAGUUACCAAUCAUAAUCAGAGAAGCAACAUUUAUCUGGAGAAUCGAUCAUGUGGACAUUUAGAAAGCUGACCAACAUUGUUACUGCAAGGCAUUAUUUUGUUGUCCUUGGUGCAGGGUGCAGUCACAAUCGCCAAUUGUCCUGUAUUGCAAUUUCUACUACAACAUGCGCACUGUCUUCUAAAGAAUUCUGUUAAAGAUCCUACCACUAUCAUAGGGGGAAAGCAACCAAAUUCUUACAUGUAAGAAAUUCUUAGAAACAGGCUCUGCAUAAAACAAUGUGUACACGGUGUGCUCCAUCAAUUAAAUUGUUUUGUAGUGUGAAAUUAUUUCUCAAAAUAUGGGAAGUCAAGCUGGUGUAUUUUAAGGAAAAUUUAGACUACAUUCAAGUAUACCCAGUACAGGGCUCUAGCCAGCGUCCGUUUUUCUGUCAAUUGACGGAAAUUUGUUGCGUCUGACGGAAAAAUUUUCAAACCAAUCCGUCAACCUUGACGGACAAAAAUCCUUGGUGGAAGCUUCAGGCGGCUUGGGGACGCCAUCCACGGCCGUAAAAGCCACACACUGUUUGUUUUGCUAUUGUUAUGAUUGUUGACAAUGUGUGUCGGUGCCCUUUCGCGUACGAUAAUCUCAUUAAAACCCGUUUUUCAAGGUCUCAGUUCAGUCCUUCCAAGGACGUUGGUCCUUCUAAUUAAUUUUCGCGACGAUUGGCUGACGGAAAAAAGUUUCGAGCUGGCUAAAGCCCUGACCCAGUAUAUUCAGAGCAAGCUUCAGGCAAACCCAGCCUAACCUGUAGCAUGCAUAUGCAUUGUAUAAAUGUUUGAAAGACUACAUUUUAUGCCGUGGUAUGGACUAGUUACAAUGUGUUAGAGAUAUUUUGUGGGUUGUGGUCAUAUAUAGACUGAUCUGCCAAUCAUAUAGCAUAGUACUGUGUGAAUGGUUCCCCUGGUUUACCUUGAAUUGGUGAUAUAGUUACAGAAAGGGUAUCUCUAUAAAGUAUAUAUAUGUGUACAUGUCUACUAGAAAUUUGUUUUUCUUACAUGUACAGAACCUUCAACUCACACAUUCACUAUCCUCUUUAUCGUCUGUUGCCUCCCCAACCAUGAGGACCAUGCAGUCAGUUUGAUACAAAAGGUAGUAAAGGAAAAGUUAUACAUAUAGUAUAUUUUACAUGCUUCUUUUCUCUUCCUAAAACAUUUGUAGACUAACAGAGAUUUUCUAGUAUAUCGUUGUCAGAUGAUGACAUAAGAUAUUUGAAGAUAUCUUCCUUCGUUAGGUGGGUAUAUUUCUGAUCUACAUGUGGCUAGUGAAUGUAUUGCGCAGAUCAUUGUACAGAGAACACUCUAGGACAAAGUGUAUUUCAUUUUCUACAUGCAUGUGGUUCUCAGCGCAAAAUAUACAUAGUCUAUCAUUAGGAGGAGUUCGGUUGUAUCUACCAGCUUCAAUUUCCAACAUGGGUGAUCGCUGAUCCUUAGUUUAGUCAUGGCUCGGCGAUAGCUAAAAUUUGUUAUAUUCGGGUAUUUUUCUCUUUCAUACAAAUGCUUAAACUUUCUGUAGGUUCUUAGCUUAUAAAAUCUCUGUCACAUUGCGUGAUAAUCGAUUGGACAACGAGUCUGCGAACUCUAGAGGACAUUUUCGGAGUAAUGCGUCAGCAAUUUUUAGGAGUUUUUUUUUUUUUUUUAAUUUUUUCACAUUUUAUUCUUCAUUCACAAUGUUACAAUCAAUGAUACAAUGAAGUGUGUAAGUAACCAUGGUAACAAACAAUAACAAAAUAGAUUAUGUCAAACAUACACAUAUAUAUAACGAGUUAUUAUAUUUCACAACAUGUCCCCUGACUUCAGGACUACACUAGUACUGUCUGAAAAAAGUAUGAACGUUGGCACUAAAGAACUUAGCUCCUCUCCCUUUAUAAAAUGCAACAAGUAAAUGCUCACGAAGGGAGAACAAAAGUAUUAAAUGGCAAGCAUCGAAAUACAAAUAAAAAGCGGAUACAUCUGCAUCUCAACAGU